AGAACGUUAAAAAAUGCCUGCUGCAGAUCCUCCAAUUUCCAAAGUUAUUGUACAUCCACUAGUUCUCCUGAGCGUUGUGGACCAUUUUAAUAGGAUGGGAAAAAUUGGCAAUCAAAAGAGAGUUGUUGGCAUACUUCUAGGAUCUUGGAAAGGAAAGGGAAUUUUGGAUGUUUCAAAUAGUUUUGCUGUUCCCUUCGAUGAAGAUGAUAAAGACAAGAGUGUAUGGUUCCUGGAUCAUGAUUAUUUGGAAAAUAUGUAUAGCAUGUUUAAAAAAGUGAAUGCUCGAGAACGUAUUGUGGGAUGGUAUCACACAGGCCCCAAACUUCAUCAAAAUGAUAUUGCUAUCAAUGAGCUGAUAAGAAGAUACUGCCCUAAUUCGGUUUUGGUGAUAAUUGGUGCAAAACCUAAAGAUCUUGGUUUGCCCACUGAAGCUUAUAUUGCUGUUGAAGAAGUUCAUGAUGAUGGCACACCUACAAACAAAACAUUUGAGCAUGUUGCCAGUGAGAUUGGAGCUGAAGAAGCAGAAGAAGUUGGUGUUGAACAUUUACUUAGGGAUAUUAAAGACACUACUUUGGGAACUCUAUCUCAAAGGAUAACAAAUCAGUUACGAGGUUUGAAAGGGCUUCAUUCACAGAUAGCUGAUAUUAAAGAUUAUUUAGAUCAGGUGGUGUCUGGAAAUUUACCUGUCAAUCAUACAAUCAUAUAUCAAUUGCAAGAUAUUUUUAAUUUAUUACCAGAUGCUAGUGUAAGAGAAUUUGUUAAAUCAAUGUAUGUGAAAACAAAUGAUCAAAUGCUUGUUGUAUACUUAGCAUCUCUAUCAAGAUCUGUCAUAGCCUUGCAUAAUCUCAUCAAUAACAAAAUUACCAACAGAGAUGCUGAGAGGAAAGAAAGUAGUAAAAAAGAAGAGGUGAAGGAGAGAAAAGACAAAGAAGAAACAAAAAGUGAUGAAAAGAAAAAAGAUAUUAAAAGUAGCUGAAAUAAUGGUUCUCAGCAACUUUUACUAUAUAAUUUACAGUUCUAAAUAAAAAUUUAAAACUGUU